CGUCUGCUUGAGGAGGCCAGCCAGGGGACCAAGAAGCUCGUCGUCGGCGAAAGCCGCGCGGUGGCCCGCUUGGCCAAAGUAGCCGAGGAGAUUUUUGACCUCAGCAAGAAGCUGGGCGUGACAAUCAUCGUAGCGGACUCGCCAGGCCUCUUCGACCACGACGCCUGCCAAGUGCAGGUCUUCAUGCGGCGAAUUGAAUUCGCACGCGUCGAACUGGAAAAAGACUUGGUGAACUACCGAUUGAAGGACGGCCGGGGAAACCGAGCCAAGAACAUCAAGAAGAGCAUCAAGAAGACCAAGCGGCUGAAGCACAAGUUGUCCCCUAAGAUGAUCACGGCGAGUGGCGACGCCAAAGUUUCGGGGAGGAGCUCCACCCUGGAGAAGGCGGGCGAGCUGAAGCCGAACCAAAAAGUUGC